GAGGCCAUCAUGGACGGGACGGAGAUCGCGGUGUCCCCGCGCAGCCUGCACAGCGAGCUGAUGUGCCCCAUCUGCCUGGACAUGCUGAAGAACACCAUGACCACCAAGGAGUGUCUGCACCGCUUCUGCUCCGACUGCAUCGUCACCGCCCUGCGCAGCGGGAACAAGGAGUGUCCCACCUGCAGGAAGAAGUUGGUCUCCAAGAGGUCCCUUCGCCCCGACCCCAACUUUGAUGCUUUGAUCUCCAAGAUCUACCCGAGCAGGGACGAGUACGAGGCCCAUCAGGACAGGGUCCUGGCCAAGCUCAGCAGGCUCCACAACCAGCAGGCCCUGAGCUCCAGCAUCGAGGAGGGACUCAAGAUGCAGGCCAUGCACAGGGCCCAGCGGGUGCGGAAGCUGCACCAGGAGUCGGACAACGCCACCUUCAGCGGGGGGGAGGACAACUGUGACAGCAGGUCCCACCUCAGCACCACCUCAGCCCCCGGGCCCCCCGAG